AUGGAUAAAUAUGCACAAGAUGAUCUUAUUAUCAUUUAUGGGGGAGUAGACUCUCAAUUCUUACCUGUUCCCGAUCAAAUAUCAGUUUUAGAUACCAAAGUAGACUCUUUUACAUGGUCCGUUCCUAAUAUCGAUCCUGUACCUAGCUCUGCACCAUUCCGUGAUCAUACGGCUACUAUUGUUGGAAAUUAUAUGAUUAUUGCAUUUGGAGAAUACCGUAAUACUACUAAUGAUAUUUUUAGUGAUCAAAUUCAUAUGAUUGACGUGAGCGAAAAAAAUAAUUACAUGUGGGUUAAAAGUUUUACUCCAAAUAAUACCUAUACAAGUAAUACAACAACUGAAUCAACAAGUACAAUUGAACCAGCAAGCGCAACUAAAUCAGCAAAUGCAACUAAAUCACCUGGAGAAGGUCUUGCAGCAAUAAUAGGUGGAACAACUGGUGGUAUUGCAACUGUAAUAAUUAUUAUAUCUGUUAGUUACUUAUUAUAUCGUAGAAAGAGAACUGUUAUAUAUGCUCCCCAAGCUAAACAUGCAAUUAAUUGUUAA